CUCGCGGUGGACCCGUAAGAAGGGGACGGUUGGUUGAGCACUGGGACCAGACUGGACUGGGAUGACCGUAAUGUCGACGGUCCCCGAGGAUAGCGCAAGCGCCGAGCCAUGGACGACGGAUACCCCGACCCUAGCAGCAGUUUACCGUCAUGGGCGGGAUCGGGAAGCGGGCCAGCAGAUCUAGCGGGGCAAGCGUGCGGCUGCACUUUCACAACCUUUUCCCCGAAGUACGGGCAAGCGAGUUCCUGAAUUUCUGUUUAUACGCGCAUCGUUCAGCACCAUCUCGCGAAGGUGUGAUGUACUUUGAGACGUGAUCCUCUCCUCGACGCCAGCCCUCUGCAAAAAAUGGCGCACCCAUACCAGUUCCAGCAAGUGGCGCUCCAAGGAGUGCUGCCUCCGCCGAUGCAACUUAUACCAACGUUGCUCCAUCCAUUCUUUGUCGGUGAGCCUUCUCAACAAUGCACCUAUCCGAGUCUCUAUCCAUACGAGGCGGGGUUAGAGUCUCGUCUUGAACCCCUCUCGCCGAGGAACUCGUGCACUGGCGAUGCAUGGGCCGGCGCUGCAAAAACCUCUGAGCCGGCGAAGGAAGCUCUAGAAAACUUUUACUUUUCAAGGGUUGGCAACCUACCCGCCAGUGCGUCGGAAGCCGAUAUCCGCGCGUACUUCUCGAAAUGCGCGCAUGUGUCUUUGCGACACCUGCCGGCUUCCCGAAGCGCAUACAUCAACUUCCAAACAACGGCGGAAGCUGAUGCGGCUGUAAAGGAGUUUGAUAGAGCCCCAUUCAACGGAUGUCUGCUCAACUGCAGGCGAAAGAGAGCACGAAGCAUCUCGGAAACAAGCUCCAGCUCCAGCUCCUCGUCGAGCCUCGCUCGGAGCCUGUCCGUAAUGCUCCGGACGCCCGAUCUUCGUCGUGAAUCUGAUGCCGCUGCGAGUGUCUUCAACGCUAGCAAAACCGCCAUCACCGUGGGAUGUGUCCAGAAUUCCCAGCGCAUUGAGGCCGUGGACCAGUUCAAUGUCAAGUAUUUCAUCAUGAAAUCCUUGAACACAGACAAUCUCGAUCGAGCCAAGUCAUUGAAAGUCUGGUCCACGCAAUCGAAAAAUGAAGAAAAGCUCAAGAAAGCGUUUGAGACUACGAAGGACGUAUACCUGAUCUUCGGUGCGAAUAAGACCGGAGAGUUCUACGGCUACGCCAGAUUGGAAUCAUGGAUCCCAGUCCAAAGCGAAGAAACCGUCGAAUGGGUACCCUUCGUGCCGAUUCAGAGUGCGGCAGACGAGAUCAACGGCAAAGACCCGUACAUGCCACCUGAAUGGGGGAAGCCUUUCAGGAUCCGCUGGGUACUGACUCAACCGUUGAGCUUUUCCCUUCUCAAGGAUGUGACCAAUGCGUGGAAUGGUAACAAGAACAUCAAGAUCAGCCGUGAUGGCACUGAAAUCGACCCUCGGGCCGGCAGCUGGGUCUGUGAGGAGUUCCAUCGUGAAAAAGAACGACAAAACAAGAAGAUAGCCGCGGAGAACAUUGAGACCAAAGACAAUGAGAGAGGCGUCAGUGUUGCACGUAUUGAUGCUAGCACCGUUGAUGCCGACAGCAAAUGCGACGGAUGCUCCGAUGCGAGCGAGGGUCUUCCGCCCGUCGCCACACCGCUUUCAAAGGGUUCAAUGCCCUCGAAGAGAUCAAGAAGUGUUCCGACCACGCAGGCGAAACAGGAUUCCGGAAGCGGCUUGAAUGACAGUCCUCCCUGCCAGGACGGGAGCGGCCUUGCGAACGCAGCGCAAAAUCGCAUGGGCUUUGGGUAUGGGCGAAAGCCUAAGAGCAUUCGGAUCCCGUGGCAUCCGGCUUCCGAGCCGGCAUCCUCGUAA